UGACUCCCGUGGCACCGCCUUCAUUUUCCCUUACUGGCUCUUUCACGAGCAAUGCUCCCCCUCGCUCUUUUUUCUGCUUCUCCUCUCGCCCCAACUCCUCAUUUCUGCACUUUCACCAGCACAGAGUAACCCUGUGACCACCACCGACCCGACCCUCCUCUCCAUCCACCCACUGACAGAACUUUCAAAACUCCACCAAAGCGUCUCAAGUCUCAAGACAGUUCCUCUAUGAUGCAAGCCAACGGGGAGGACCCGCAGAGAGCACGACGAGGCCUCCGGCAAAUCCAGGCCAGCAUCCACUCCCGUUCGCUGCUGGCUAGGAAGAGAGUGUCGAAAAUCAGCAAGAAUGAUGUAAAGGGCUUCUUCAUAAGGAACAUCUUUGUCAUAUUCACUGUGGCAGCUGUCAUCAUUGGUAUCAUUCUGGGGUUUGCCCUACGGCCGUACAAGAUGUCCUACCGUGAUGUCAAGUUCUUCUCUUUCCCCGGAGAGCUGCUGAUGCGGAUGCUACAGAUGUUGGUGCUGCCCCUUCUGGUGUCCAGCCUCAUUACAGGCAUGGCCGCACUAGACAGCAGCGCGUCAGGUAAAAUGGGUAUGAGGGCGGUCAUCUACUACACCAGCACCACGGUUAUUGCCGUGUUCAUCGGCAUCGUCAUGGUGGUCGUCAUCCACCCCGGUAAAGGCUCGAAGGACGAGUUCACCACCACGCAAAAAAUCGACAGUGUUAGUCCCGCCGACGCCUUCCUGGACCUUAUCAGGAACAUGUUCCCUCCAAACCUUGUGGAAGCUUGCACCAAACAGUUUAAGACACAGUAUGCCAAGAGAGUGAUCCAAAUCAAUGUGACGGUCAACAAGUCGGUGUUCCUGCUCAACGGGAGCCAGGUGAUGACAAGGGAGGAAAUGAUCCCUGUACCGGGUGCUGUCGAUGGGGUCAACGCAUUGGGCCUGGUGGUCUUUUCCAUGUGCUUUGGGUGGAUCAUCGGGAAAAUGGGGGAACAGGGACAGCCCCUGAGGGACUUCUUUGACUGUCUCAGUGAAGCCAUCAUGAGGCUGGUGGCCAUCAUCAUGUGGUAUGCCCCCAUCGGUAUCCUGUUCCUGAUCGCGGGUAAAAUUGUGGAGAUGGACGACAUCUCAUCAAUGGGCGGCCAGCUGGGUAUGUACACAAUCACCGUCAUCUGUGGCCUGCUCAUCCACGCGAUCGUGGUCCUGCCCACGCUCUACUUUGUGGUCACCCGAAAGAACCCCUUCAUCUUCAUCUUGGGGCUGCUCCAGGCCCUUGUCACGGCUCUUGGAACAUCCUCCAGCUCUGCCACGCUGCCAAUCACGUUUAAGUGUCUUGAGGAAAACAACAAAGUAGACAAGCGUGUAACCCGCUUUGUACUCCCCGUGGGUGCCACUAUCAACAUGGACGGCACCGCCUUGUAUGAAGCGCUGGCGGCCAUCUUUAUCGCUCAGGUGAACAACUUUGACCUCAACUUUGGGCAGAUUCUCACCAUCAGCAUCACAGCCACAGCAGCCAGCAUCGGAGCAGCUGGAAUCCCACAGGCGGGGCUGGUCACCAUGGUGAUAGUGCUCACGUCUGUGGGCCUACCCACUGAUGACAUCACGCUCAUCAUCGCCGUUGAUUGGUUCUUGGACCGACUGCGUACUACGACCAAUGUUCUGGGAGACUCCAUCGGGGCUGGUAUCGUGGAGCAUCUAUCUCGUCACGAGUUAGCCCAAGACCCAGAGGAGGCCCACUUGGCGGCAGCGGAGGAAGUGGACAAGAAGCCCUACCGACUCAUCUGUCAGGAAAACUUAAAUGAGAGACCCAUCACUGACAAUGAGACAAAAAUGUAGUCCAUUUUUGUUGCUUUAAUUCGGUUGAUCUUUUUUUUGUUUUU